UCAGUAUAAACAGUUCCGCAACGUAGCAAACGUUCAAGCGAAUUGAACGCACCUCAGAAAAAAGUUACCGUAGCAAACGUAGUUGUCGUGGUUGAUGAAACUGGAGUCAAAGGAGCAAUUUGAGGAUUACGGGUUUUAACAGACAAUGUGUUUUUAGGAUAGGAUCAUCUGUAAAUGCCUUUUCAGAAAAAGUUACCGUAGAAAACGUAGUUGGUGUGGCUGCUGAAGCUGGAGUCAAAGGAGCAAUUUGAGGAUUACGGGUUUUAACGGACUAGGUGUCUUUAGAAUAAUCUGUAAAUACAUUUUCUAAAAUAUAAUUUUAGGUCUAUCUCUUACUAACAUGAAGUAAAUAGUUAUCUGUCCAUGCUGGACAGCAGAUAACUCAAACUGUAGGCUAAUAUUUUCUGACUAAAGCAAGGCAAUUCUGUAAGGCAGUGUUUAUUUGACCGACUGAAAAGGAAGAAAGUAGGCUAUAUUAGGCUAAAUGAUCCUGCCUAUGAUAUUGUGAUUUAUUAAUACAUUUUCGAAUUCCAAAGCGCAUAGCAACUCAGACUAGCAUGAUGCACACGUGACCCAGGGUGGUCCAUAGUAGCUGACUAAACUCAACCCAUCGUGAAGGAAGUUUCUGAUUAACUCCAACCGAGUCGAGCAGAGAACAGGCUUUGUGGAAUUAAUCUCCGACUAAAUAGAUUCGUUCAAGGUCAAUACUUAAAAAAAAGAUUUAGUUCAGAAACGCAUACCUUGAAUCUCAGACGACAGGCCUAGGUCUCUAAAUACUUAUUGAGCAUGCGCAUUUUCGCUUUGUUGCCAUCUUCGAGAUACAUAAAUGAGCAUGCAGUCAAUGGUAUUAACUUUUGAAAACGUAUAGAUUUCAGCAAACAAAGGCACGCAUCUACAGAGGACAAACAUAGGUACACGAAAUGGUUACGUUCUGCCAUACCACAUGGCAGAAGGCGAGACUGAGAAGCCAAGGAGAAUGCAGACCUCUACCUGGCCCCAAAGUGGACCGGAUCGAUCAGUCACUGGACAAUCCUCAAGUCCUCAAGUCACCAGUGGUCAGCUGAGUGGGAAUCCGAGCACCUCUUCUCAUCAAUAUGGGAUGGUCAGACCAUCAGUGGCGUAUACACUAGGUAGGGAAGUUGGACCAGUGGUCCCAUAUACUCAAGGUGGUGAAUGCUUACCACACAGCAGUCAAGUAACCCGUGUAGGUUACUUGAGUGGACAGACCCAGAAUCAACAGGCACCCACAAAAGAGCAGACCCUAAUGGCCACUAGUCCCCUUUUGACAUCACUCUUGACUAACAAUGCAGCUGCACAAUCAACUGGUGUUACAUCACAAAGUGGAUACCAUCACACCCUGCCUGGAAGGGUUAACGAUGCUUUUCAAACCACUUUCCAGCAGGUACAUAGGUCUUUGGGUGUUAAUGGUAACAAUUCACAGAGGUUGGUACAGGAUGGUCAGGGUGCAACCAUUCACUGCCCCUCUGAUAUUAAUGCAUCACUGAAUACAAAUUGUAUUUAUCUCCAAAGCCCAGCAAGUGGCAGUCAGCAGCUGGUACUUGGCAGACAAGAGGGGACCUCCAGUGGUACCUCUGCUGCUCUUGCAAUGGGUAGGAGUCCCAAUCAUGUGAAUCAUCAAUGGACUGUGGUGAGUGGAAAGGAUUCAAUUAGGAUGGCGGUUCAAGGUCUUCAUCAGGGAUAUCCACAAACACCAAACUCUUUGCAAAUUGCACAGGAGACAAGUAUUGUGCCAUCAAGGACAUCUCCACGGUCUCCCACAGCAUAUAAACAACUGUAUUUGAUUCUAAAUCAAAACAAUAACAGGACUGAGAUGAACAGGGUUCAACAUGGCACACCUGUCCAAACUGACCCAUCAAACCACAGUCAAAUGUAUCCCUUCCAACCUCUCACGGACAGCAACAACCAGGUCAAUCUACCAAAUGCUACAGUGGGGCAGUCAAUGCCAAUGCAUAACAUUAGCCAGAAUCCUCAAUACAAUGUUAUGCAUAACCCUUCUCUUAAUAAUUUUCAAAGAUAUCACCCUGCAGGCCUUACCAACCCACCACAACAGAACAGACUUGUGUCAAAUUGUGCAAAUAUGAACAGUCAGGCAGGGGCCAUUAAAAAUAAUGCACACCAUUCCCCAUAUCCUAGGCCCCAUAUCGAAGGCGUAUCCAACCUACAUUACAAGGCAGACGUUCUGGUGUCCAACACUGGACCAUCUUCAUCUGUGCCAAACAAUAGUAUACAGUCUUCAGUCGAGCACACCCGUGAGUCCGCUCCUCCACCAUACCCAGGCCAGCACUCACAUGGACCCGUGCUGAACAAGACGGGACAUGUGGUUGGGGCAGGAGCACAUUCUCUGCAAUACAUACCAAACCAAGGCUCAGCCCAUACCCUACAUUACAAGCCAAAAAACACCUCCGUUCUGAUAUCCAACACUGGACCAUCUUCAUCUGUGCUAAACCAUGGUAUGCAGUUUUCAGGCCAGCAAAACUGUGAGUCUGUGCCACCGUCAUACCCCAUAAGACAGGGCUAUUACGUAACGGUAACAGAGGACAAAAGUGGAAAUGGAUUUAGAGCAGAAAAGGUUAUUUUGAUAGGAGAUAAACCUAAUGAAAGUGCUCUGGUACGGCAAGGAUCAUCUGCAAGUAAUGCCCCCUCUGUUCCUACGGUGCAGAAGGCCAUCGCCGUUGUACAACCACUAUCGCAGUGUAUGCAGACAAACACAUCUCUCAACGUGGCUGAUAGAAUGCCCUUGACUACCCAAGGUAUGUCGUUCUCAACUAGUGGUGAAAAUGUGAGCAACCCUGGGGAAGAAUCUUGUGACCAGAGUCCAUCACAAGCCCAAACAACCCUUACUGUAUCUGCUUCUUUGACAAAUGAAUUUGGACAAAAGGUCCCCAAGGUCAGACCAGAAGCUACAUUAGAAUUGGGUGCUGGAAGAACAGUGACUCAGGAUUCAGAAACUUCAGUUGUUGAACUGGCCAAGACAUAUUCAUAUUUUGAGUCUGAACCGUCACUAUCGAACUGCUUACAUGUAGAGAAAGUGGAUUCUCAACCAUUAUUUAAUUUGAAAUGUCAAGCCACUCAGAGAAAAGAGUUAGCUGGCACAGAAAUGACCACUCAUGUGCAUGUUAACCAAUUGAGUGAGGAAACAAAUGAAAAAGGAGUUUCAGAUGAGGACAUUUUUGAAUUGUCCUCAGUUCCUGUAAUCAAAUGGAGACUUGGUAAAUUGAAGGAGUUUGUAGACACUGUGCAACAUCCAAAAUGCUCUGAGACACUGGUUGAAAGCAAGCUACUAAGCCUAUAUUGGGAUGGAGAUGGGCAGAAGCUUAUAGAUGCUGUAAGAUCUGGUAUCUUCCAGAAUAUAAUGCGAGAGGUUAGAUCUGUGUGUGGCAAAGAUAUGUCAUCACAGUCUGUCAUAUUUUCACAAGUUAGGCGCAAAAACUGGGCUCAAGUUGAAGAGAAGUGUGUCAUUCUUAAACAUGAUUCUGUUUACCCCGUGGUCCCGGGUCAAGAGUCCUCAUGGCUGAAUACCAAUAAGCAGCUUGAUGACAUAGACAGGGAGUUUGGAUUCCCUUCGUCACUAAUAUAUCACCAACAGACUUUUCGAAGAGGAGAUGAACAACCAAAACGGAAUUGUACCGAAAAUGAAAAUUCUGUAGAAAAUGAAGACUCUGGCAGUGACAUGCAGACUGAGGUGAUUCAGACAGAGAGACCAGCACCCUCUGAAUCUGAUCCUAAAGAAAUUCAAGGGUCAAGUUUGGCACACAGCUCUACACACACCCUCUCACCAGUUAAGAAAGAAAGUGAAAACACCAUUUUAUGUGACCCAUUUUCCUCCCUGGAGAUCAACGUGCUGACACCAGAAGAGGCUAUGCGGUUUUUCAAUGGCCAGCUACUGCAAGACAAAGUAGGAGAAGAUCAGUUGAAAUUGCCAGUGGAUGUGGAGCUGAAUGAGUUGAAAGACUACUCUGUGGAGGAUAAAUCAUCUGAGAGAGUAGACGUAAAGUUGACGACUGUAAAAUAUGAAGUGGAUGUCCAAUCGGAAGAUUACUGUUGUCUCUCACGUUGGAAGGCAGUGUUCAGUGGGUCCACCAAUUCUGUGUCCUGCAAAUGCCAGUACAAGACUGAAUUGGGUUUGACAAAGGCCACUGUGAAUGCAAAGAUGUUUGUCGAGGGAACUUUGGCUGUUGAACCGAGCACAACAAAUGCAGAACAAAGGGAAAGCCUGGAUUUAUGGAAAUCAAAUGGCACAGCAGAAAGAAAGAGGGAAGGGAAUCCUGGUAAAAAUGGGAAUCCCCAAUCAGGGAAAUCUACAGGCAUUGAAUGCCAAACUAUUUUCUUGUCUGAUAGUGAAUCUGAGACUGAUCGCCCAUACACUAAUGGGGCAAAGAGCUUGCCAUUGUCAAAACCCCCAUCACUGUGCCUGCCCAGCAAGUGCCCAAACAUUGUUGAAGUUGAAAUUGAAGAUGUCUUCUCGAGCUAUGAAGACUUUCUCAAAGUAUCCACCCCAAUGUCUGAGCUAGCGUGGGACAAUGUACAGCGAAAGCAGCAAAUACCAGGUCCACUCCAGAAACAAAUGGAAUGUGUACAAGCACUUAGUGUCUCUUUGGAAGAAGGGAACCUUGGGGGUAGUGAAGUCAUUCCUACAGUUACCAUUCCUACUUCUAAUCUGCUACGCCAACCAGCAGAGAAAAUCAGUUUUCUAACAUCACUCUCCUUGGCACAAAGAUGUCACAAGCAUCCACCGCCUAAAUUAAAUUGUAGCUGGAAGGUUAAACAAAAAGGGGUUGGACACAAGAGAUGUGUUGAAGGUCCUCAUUCUGUCCCAAGAAAGCGAAGGAAAGUAAGGCAAGGUUUGGGUCCCUUCAUUCAACUUGUUCCUGAGGUCAACUUGACUGACACAGAUGACGAUUUCGAGUCCCCCAAUAAAAGUGCUUCUAAGUCUUUGGAAGAAGACCGACCUUCAAACAGUCGCAAUCUCCAGAAGCCAGCAGAACCUGGAAUUGGGACCAAGAUUUCAAGGGUCACAACAGUAAGUCUGGCCUUGUUUGGUUCCUCGCCCCAGAGGACAAAUGGGACUGUAGUAACUGGCCAACGCAAGGACCAUAAUUCUUCUCGACCUAGACCUUUUGCAGACAAAGCUCCAGCGCCUCCUUUAACCCUCAGUGUGAAUGUCAAGUCCUGGAGGAUAGAGCCCUCCGAGACCAGCCCGCCAGUGGAAAGCCCAGUCAGAAAACGGCUCUUCAACGAGUGGGAGAACAGUUUUGUGCCAACAAAGAAGACAAAGUCCAGGGGCAGACCAAGACUACGAAACAGAAGAGGCUUUGCUCCGAAGAUUGUUUGUGCUGAAGUUGCCAAAAAGACUGUUACCUUGACCAACACAGAUGGUAGUGCAUUAUCCUCUGAAAGACGAGCCACACCAGAAAGAACUGUAAGGGUCAAGCAGACUUUGCGGCACUUUGAAAGAGAGAGAAUCUUAAAUGGCCUGAAACUCAGACUUAAGAAAUCUAGGAUCAAGGCAGUGCCAUCCAGCAAACCUGUUACAGUGGAAAAAAGUACAAUUAAGAUCAGGAGCCCUGCUCUUUUGCCUCUUGAGGAGAACAGUGUUCUGAGGUUCAGUGUGCUGCCAGAGUCGUUCAACUUCAAAGAUGGACAAGAACCCAUGGACACUCUGACACAGACUGGUUCAAUGAAGGAAAUGGCUGGUGCUGGUGCUGUUGCUGCGACGACUGAGAGUACUAAAACAAUAGUCCGGAAAUCCCAAGGUUUAUGGUCUGCUGGCCCUCAGAAGAGAUAUUAUCCUCUCACCUCUUCGCCCACUAAAAUCCCCAAGUCUUCCUCCACUGCCUUCCAGGAGUUUCAGAGGAAAUUCAAGCGGCUAUCCCAAGACUAGUUUGUAUUGCCUGCAGUUAAGGAAUGGAGGAGUGGAGUGAGGACUGUUGACAAUCUGAUUCUUGUAACUUGUUUCCCAUGGAAAUAUAGUCUGUGUACAAUUUCGUUUUGUUUAUGAUAACCUUUUUCAUAACAAAAUUGUUAUUUUCGAAUGCAGAAUUUGACCUUAUUGUGGUAAGGUUGGGCAGUUCAUAUGGUUAUUUUUUAUCGUAGUUAUUGUUUAUAUUCUUAAAUGACUGAGCCAAUAUAUCUGACAGUAUCCUCCUCUACCUCAGACCUGACGGUCAACAUUGCAAGACUUUGUCAUUAAAAAACAUUAAAUGAAGUUUUGUGGCCAAUUGGAUGGCUAUUUUCUUGUCACUGUCAUUUCAGACUUUUUAAAAAAAGUUUGGGGUUAACAAUAUUUUAUGCAAACCUCAUGUUUAUUGUUUGCAUGGAUCACAGAAUUUGGACUAUGCUAAAUGUACUGCAGUUUAUUUGAAUUUGUAGGCUACAUAAUUUCACUUCUUGACUCUUACCUUCUACAUUCUCAUAUCUUAUCAAUAGUUUCAUUCUCAAUAGUUAUUUUGCUGGAAUUCAAACCGAUUCCUUUUGUUGACACAGGAUGAACAGGACUGUAUGGUUCAAGAUACUGAGACAGCUUAAAAAUGUUGCAUUGCAGACCUUUUUGUAUUCUGGUUCUGUAUUUUAGUAUUAAACUUUUAUACUUCUUCGUAGUUAUAGAUUCACAUUUGUGACAGACAACUGAGCGUGUGGCAGACAAAAACAAUCAACCCUGUCAGGGAACGUGAGUCAUUAGUAACCUGGUGCAUUGAUGUGUAUAUAUUUUUUUGUAAACUUUUUUUUUUUGUACCUAGUGUUAUUUCUUUAUGUUGAUAUAUUUUGUUAUUUGUUUCUAAAUAAAUAUUUUUACAUACUUACAUUGA